UUCGUGAUUGGCUGAAGAUCAUGAGAAUCAGGGAUCGGCGCUCACUUCUCUUGCCGAGAGAGCACUGAAGAUCCAUCUGACUCUUCCUCUCUCACAUCGCCUCCUUUCACACAGAGGUGUGUUUGCAUACGCCCUUUCAACGAGAACUGGCUCCUAAUCUGAGGGGGCUGCUAGUCCUAGCUACGACGUAGAGAGCCGGGAAGUGGUAGGAUGUAUGUUUUGCGGCUGUAGUACAACGCAAUUUGCUAUCGACGCUCCCCAACACAGACAGCCUCCACCCCUUUUUGGACCUGGGACAGGAGGACCGAGGUGGCUUCAGGAUGGCCGGGCCACAGUCCCGGGAAUGAGCCAGCGCGAGGGAAAACGGGAGAGGCCUCCUUCUUCUUACUCUACCAGCGGGCGAAUGUAAUAAGGAAGCUGCGGAGAGCGAGCGUCUCUUGCCGCUGGGACAAAAGAAAAGAAGAACUGUGGCAGGAUGUCUUCAAUGGUGACACCUGUGGUGAGGUUCACCAUGUAUGACAACAUCACCUACCUGCCUGCCACCACACUAGCAGCAUCGUUGGAUAAUGUAACUUCUGCACCCCUGACCACUGCAUGGGUUAUUAAUGACUCCAACAUUAGUGUGCCUCACAAGUGCUUGUUAUUAUUGUAUGAAGAUAUUGGGACAUCCAGGGUCCGUUACUGGGACCUUCUGCUGCUGCUUCCCAAUGUGCUUUUCUUUGUGUUUCUCCUCUGGAAGCUGCCCUCUGCCAGGGCCAAAAUCCAUGCCACCUCCAGUCCCAUCUUCACUACAUUUUACAUUCUGGUGUUCGUGGUAGCCGUAGUCGGGAUUGCUCGAGCAGUUGUCUCCAUGACAGUCAGUGCCUCUACCGCUGCUACAGUUACUGACAAGAUCCUGUGGGAAAUCACAAGAUUCUUCCUUCUGGCCAUUGAGCUGAGUAUGGUGAUCCUGGGUCUUGCAUUUGGUCAUUUGGAGAGUAAAUCCAGUGUCAAGCGGGUAUUGGCUAUCACCACAGUGCUGUCAUUGGCCUACUCUGUCACCCAGGGAACGCUGGAGAUCCAAUAUCCUGACGCCAGACUCUCUGCCGAAGACUUCAAUAUCUAUGGUCAUGGAGGAAGGCACUUCUGGCUUGCGAGCUCCUGUUUCUUCUUUUUGGUUUAUUCAUUGGUGGUGAUGCUUCCAAAAACACCCUUGAAAGAUCGUAUAUCUCUGCCAUCAAGGAAGAGUUUCUAUGUCUAUGCUGGGAUUCUUGCUGUGCUAAACCUGGUGCAGGGCAUAGGUAGUGCUCUGCUCUGUGCCGGUAUUGUAGAAGGAUUAUGCUGUGUUGAUGCCACCACUUUCCUGUACUUCAGCUUCUUUGCUCCGCUUAUUUAUGUGGCAUUCCUGAAAAGUUUCUUUGGGUCCGAGCCAAAGAUCCUCUUCUCCUACAAAUGCCAGGUGGAUGAGCCUGAAGAUGUCGAUGUGCACCUCCCACAUGCCUAUAGUGUGACCAAGAAGGAAGGCCUGGAUUCCAGCUUCUACUCCAGCACUCAGAUUGACACUGCGGCGUACUUGGAUGAUAUUGCUUCCAUGCCCUAUCACGUGGGCAGCAUCAACAGCAUUGACAGUGACCGCUGGAAAGCCAUCAACUCCUAAGGCAACCCUCAUCCUCUUUUGAAGAAUGUGUCUCUCUUGCAUCCUCACAGCUUCAUCACCAAUUCCCCCUCUGGAACUCUUCAGUGUGUCAUCUUCUCUUUGCCACAAGUUUUUAAAAAAAGUUUAUAUCUUGUAUGGAACAUAAAAAUGGAUAACUAUGGUCUUCCUAAAAGGACAGCUCUGACCUUCAUGAGAGUACAAACCAGAUCAGCUCAUAAGUCCUGAAUCUUCGUGUUCUUGAACAUUCCACAUGCACAUGGUUGGACGUGAUGGCAGCAUUUUCUUGGCCAAAGAACACAUACAGCUAGGAAGUCUUGGCUGCUCUGUAGAACACAUAUAUAGCAGUCAGUAAGUUACUUGCAUUCUGGUUUUUUAGCUUAAUUUCCUAAGCUCCCAGCAACAAUGUUGCCUGGAAAAGAACUAGGGGAGAGCGGGACACUUAGCUGCAGUCUGGUGGGAAUUGUGAAGUGAGAACUCCACAUGCUAUUGAUAGAAAGAGCACUUAAGAGUGAACUGCUAAAUGUUUCCAGAAUUCUUCACAGGGAAUCUGGGAGUGAGUGUAUGUGUGUAUUAUAUACGUGCUGACUUCUGAAGGAGCGGGGGAAAAGUAGCCAGCAGGGGAAGGUCUCUGAGGAACUUGUUGCUGUGCAUCUAAACUGCUGCAACUGGUUGAGAAGCAGUGGUGAGUGUCAUACACUAUAUAAGUUCUGAGGUUUUAGCAUGAAAACUUAGCCAAGCGAGAGCUUGCAGAAAGGUGAUCUGUGUGAUGCUAGCAGAACUCCAGAGCAAAUGAGGAAAACAUGGUUCAAAUGGAUAGUUCCAACAAAGUGUUAGGAUAGGAUAGGGCAGAAGACACAUGGGAAAUGACCUGGUUGCCUGUGUGUGAGGGAUUGUGAGUGAUGCUUGGGAUGGCACCGAAGUGAAGUACAGGAUUGCAAUGACUGGAUGUCUAGGCAGGAGAGAGGCUGUUCCGUGGAUAAUAGCUGUUGGGCUCUGUACCUUAGAUUCAAGCUGAUAAGCCUGCCCAGUACACCUCUAAGAGCAUAUGAUACUUCUUUGAACUUAGCCUGGGGGUUCAUUCAUCUCUCCUGUACUGAAGAGAAUGGCAUGCUGAACACAUAGCUGGCUGUUUUCUUGAAGGUAGUGGUGGUAGCUGAUCUUUAGGGCCAUUUGAGGCUUGUGAGAUCAGCAGAGUGAAGGAGGUUUAUUUUUAAAUAAUAGUAAGCAUGUUCUUUGUGGGAGAAAGAUCUAAUACUGGAAAUGGCUUCACCUUGUAGUUUCAGUCAGUUUAAUUUUAAAAUUCCAGUUCUUGAGAAAGCAAGAACAUCUGAAAAAUACACAGAGGUUUCUUUAAUUUGAUGCUGCUGCUACUACUACCAUUUUGGGAUUGAUUUUAGCGCCAAAUACGUUAGAUACUGGUGACCAAGACAGCGAUCCUGGAUAAGCACAUGUUUUUGGACAAAGGUUGCUUGGAAAUCAUUGGGACAUGCUUUCAAGUAAACCUCUUUAGAAUUGAGUUGCAAGCAGGAAAAACACCUUGGUUUUCUUCUCCUUGUUGAUAAAUAUCACUUCCUCGUUAUGGCCUGAAACUUCUGCCAUUUGUGAUUUUUUUCUGCUGCCGAGCCACAUCUUGAUUGAAAACACAAUGAGAACCUUGACUUCAUUUUAAAGACUUUUAAAAUUACUUUUUAAAAAAUACAUGUUUGAUUAUAUCUCUGUUUUGGAUGAGUUGUCAAUACAGAUUGAGGAUUGUUGUGGUGGAGAUCCACACUUUGCCUUUAGUUUUUGCUACUGCCCAGAUUAACCUUUUCUGAAAGUUGUUUGAAUUUGAUAACCACAGUCAGUCAUUCAGAUAUGCUGCUGCUGGCUGCAUAGAUAUCUCACCAUGGAGGUAUGACAAAUGUACUGUGUAGUUGAGGCUGCUUUAAUGUUUAUGGUGUCAGCCUGGGGUGAGCUGGUAGAACAAAUGUGCACAUACCCCACCAUGCCGCGCCCAAAAUCCGACGAAGAGGCAGUCACGGGAUGUGACCUUGAUGCUAUCCAACCUAUUGAAAGAACAUGCCUACCGCGUAUGCAGCCAGCGCCUUAGCUUCUUUGUAUUCUGUGAAAGGCAAUGAAGGCAAUACUGAUUGGCUGCAGGGCACAAGGCUGGUGGUAAUUAUGUCGUAUAAGACAGUGAUGUCAUACAAUUAUUCCCCCCCCUUUACUUAACUAGAAUUCUAGAUGCGCUCUCCAUGAUGUUUAAAUCCUGCAAACCAGCCAGUGUAGGAACCCUUGGUUGUAGUUUUUUGUUGUAAUUUCCAUAGAUUCCCUACGAUUUAAUACAGAAGUGUACUAUACACAUAGUCUGUCAAUACAGAGAAAAUUGAAAGAACCUGAAUAAAAAGAUGGGCCCCUUGGAUGGUGUGGAUCAAGAAGAGGCUGUAUUUGGGUUACUGUGUAUCAGCAAUCUACAUCAAAUGCUGGCCAAUCAAUAAACUGUGAUCAGUUCUUCCAUGAUGGAAUUCUCUCCACCCACUCUUCCCUGACAUUUUAAGCACCUCCCGUGUGCAUCCUGCAUUGUCUUCUGCUGCUGAGGAGUAUCUGCACUAAGUGAAGGAAUUAUCUUCUUCCAAACAUUGUGAUCUAUGUUUGUGUGUAUAUAUAUCAACAACGCCUCUAUGUUGUACACACAGUAUUGUCCAUGAGCAGACAAAUGUUUGUGUGUAUGAACACACGGCAUGUACCAUGUGAUGUUGGAACAGAAAUUAAAAAUAGUCAUGUAUAUUUUUGUCUGUAAAAAUAAAUGAACUUUGACAUAAA